AUGAUUCCUUUUACUGGUCGAUGCCCAGUGCGCCAGUAUGUUCCGGGGAAACCACACCCAACUGGAUUGAAGGUGUUUGUCUUGGCCGCACCAACCGGUCUGGUCUUAGACUUUGUGGUCUACCAAGGCAAGACUACCUUCACAGUCACAGAAGGAAAGGGCAUCGGAGAGCAAGCUUGGUUGGACAACAAGCCAGUUGCCAUGGCAUCCUCUGCCUAUGGCAUUGAACCUCAGGACACACACAGAAGAUGGUCCAAGAAAGACAAAAGGUUUGUCCAGGUGUCAAGGCCACUGGCAAUUGCUGAGUACAACGCCAACAUGGGGGGUGUGGACUCGGUUGAUCGAAUGUUGAGUUUCUACAGGAUGGCCUCUCGCACUCGGAAAUGGACAGUGCGUGCAGUUUUCCACUUUUUUGACCUGGCAAUCACCAACUCCUGGCUUCAGUAUAAGAGUGACCGCCAGUUUCUGGGGAAGAAACCACUGAAGUUCCUUUAUUUCAAACUGCUCCUUGGUGAAGGCUUGAUUACUCGGGCCCAAGCAGGAGUCACAAGUGACAGUGAAGAUGACUACACUCCCCCACGUCAAAAGUGGAAACCGCAGCCAAAUGCAAGUCUGAGGCACUAUGGCGCAAUCCAUCUUCCAGAGAUGGUGGACGAAACACAUGCAUCAAGGUGUCGCAGAUCCGGCUGCAGGAGCAAAACCUACGUGAUGUGCACGAAGUGCAAGGUGUUCCUUUGUGUUUCCAAGAAGGGGAAUUGCUUUUUGAAGUAUCAUACCAAAUAA